UCCUUUUCCAAACCAGGGCCUCACUCGGGGGCGGAGGCUUGAGUUUAACCUAGCAGGACAACUCCGUAGCGUGCAUCUCCGGGCGGUGCGGGUGAAUAAAACAACACCAGUCGCUUUUCAGACGGGUGGAGUCAAAGAGUCCAGCUGCUGGUUGAGAUCAGGUGAAACGAACUCGCUCUGGGAACACUCGGUGGGUGUUUAAAACGAACGCCCACUCCCUCGGUAGCACCACAAGUUCACUGUCAGGAAAUAUCACAAAACAUGGCAUCCAUGGAUCUGGAAAAGUUGAAGAUGACGGGAGCCGGCCGAGCUUUAGCGGUGCUCACUAGCGGCGGGGACGCACAAGGGAUGAACGCUGCUGUACGAGCUGUGACCAGAAUGGGCAUCUAUGUUGGUGCCAAGGUCUAUCUGAUAUAUGAGGGUUACCAGGGCCUGGUGGAGGGGGGCGAUCACAUUAAACUGGCACACUGGCAAAGUGUGACAAACAUCAUCCAGCUGGGCGGAACUGUGAUCGGAAGCGCGCGAUGCAAGGUGUUUAUGACCCGCGAAGGCAGGCUGGCGGCCGCCUUCAACUUAGUGCAACGGGGCAUCACCAACCUGUGUGUGUGCGGUGGCGACGGCAGCCUCACCGGUGCCAACAUCUUUCGCAGCGAGUGGAGCGGCCUGCUGGAUGAACUCGUCAAAAACGGGAGGAUCACGGAAACGCUGGCGAAGCAGCACAGCCAUCUCAACAUUGUAGGCUUGGUGGGCUCCAUAGAUAACGACUUCUGUGGAACUGACAUGACCAUCGGCGCAGAUUCCGCUCUGCACCGCAUCAUUGAGAUCAUCGAUGCGAUUAUGACGACUGCGCAAAGCCACCAACGCACAUUUGUCCUGGAGGUCAUGGGCCGUCACUGCGGCUAUCUAGCUCUAGUGUCGGCGUUGGCAUCCGGCGCUGAUUGGCUUUUUAUCCCAGAGGCUCCUCCUAAGGACAACUGGGAAGAUCUCAUGUGUGACCGUCUCGAAGCGAGUCGUAUCAAAGGGUCCCGACUCAACAUCAUCAUUGUUGCGGAAGGUGCAAUCGACAUGCACGGCAAGCCCAUCUCUUCCACUUAUCUGAAAGACCUGGUGGUGAGGCGGUUGGGCUACGACACCAGAGUCACCGUACUCGGACAUGUUCAGCGAGGUGGGACGCCUUCGGCCUUCGACAGAAUACUGAGCAGCAAGUUAGGCGUGGAGGCGGUCGUCGCCCUGAUGGAGGCGUCUCCCGAGACGCCGGCUUGCGUCAUCGGCCUGUCUGGCAAUCGUGCCGUCCGUCUUCCUCUCAUGGAAUGUGUGGAGAUGACCAAGUUGGUGCAGAAGGCCAUGAAUGAGAAGAGGUUUGAUGAGGCUGUUAAACUGCGUGGCGGGAGUUUUGAGAACAACUUGAACAUCUAUAAGCUUCUUGCCUACCAAAAGCCUGCCCAAGUGAAGUCCAACUUCUCCCUGGCCAUCCUGAAUGUGGGAGCCCCAGCAGCGGGCAUGAAUGCGGCCGUGAGGUCGGCCGUGAGGUUGGCCAUCGCUCACGGACACAAAGUGUACGCCGUGCACAACGGCUUCCAGGGCUUUGCCGACGGCGAUGUGUUUGAGAUGGAGUGGCACAAUGUGGCAGGAUGGACGGGCCAAGGGGGCUCGCUGCUGGGUACCAAAAGAACCCUUCCGAGCAAACACAUGGAGAAGAUUGUGGAGAACAUCGCCAAGUUUAACAUCUCAGCUCUGCUGGUCAUCGGAGGGUUUGAGGCCUACAGAGGCGUGCUGGAGCUCUUUGAGGCCCGAGCCCACUACGACAAUCUGUGCAUCCCGAUGUGUGUGAUUCCCGCUACCAUCAGCAACAACGUCCCCGGAACGGACUUCAGUUUAGGGGCAGACACCGCCGUGAACUCUGCUAUGGCGGGCUGCGACAAGAUAAAGCAGUCUGCUUCAGGGACAAAGAGGCGGGUCUUUGUGGUGGAAACAAUGGGAGGCUACUGCGGUUACCUAGCAACCAGUACCGGCAUCUCCGUGGGCGCCGACGCGGCCUACAUCUUCGAGGACCCCUUUAACAUCCACGACCUGAAGACUAACGUGGAGCAUCUCACAGAGAAAAUGAAGAAGGACAUCCAGCGGGGGCUCGUAUUGAGGAAUGAAAAAUGCCAUGAGCACUACACGACGGAUUUCCUCCACAAACUGUAUUCCGCCGAGGGGAAAGGUAUUUUCGACUGUCGCGUCAACGUGUUGGGACACCUUCAACAGGGAGGGGCACCGUCGCCCUUUGACAGAAAUUACGGCACAAAGCUGGGAGUGAGAGCCAUCCAGUGGAUAAGUGACCAGCUGUCACAAAAUUACCGACAAGGUCGCGUGUUCUGCAACUCCACAGAAACGGCCUGCGUGCUGGGCCUCCUGAGAAAGGUGGUCUCGUUCAGUCCCGUCACGGCACUCAAGGACGCCACCGACUUUGAGCAUCGCAUGCCCAAAGUCCAGUGGUGGAUCAACAUGCGGCCCAUGCUAAAAAUGUUGGCCAAGUAUCAGACCAGCUUCUGCGAGUACAUCCCGGGAGAGAUCGAACACGUGACGCGGCGCUCUCUCAGCAUCGACUCGGUCUUCUAGGUGCUCCCCAUCUGCACUCAGCACUUUUUUCCUUUUUUAAGGAAAAGAAAAAAAAUAAUCUGCUCCUCUUUCCGUGACAUUUCUACAUGCCUGCUGACUAGCAACUGCAUUUAAAAGGGUUGAGGACAUACUAUCUGCUGUUAUUUAUUGCAUAAGGCAUUCAGUACAAAACAGUUCUUUCAGGGAUGCGGAUUAAUCAAUAUGUAAUCUGUUCUUGGGUCAAAUUCUCGUUAAAAACCUUUUUAAAAGAAAGACAUUCAUUCAUGAACAUAAAAACAAGGCCUUCAUUACCAUUAAAUAUCUUCAAUCAAUCUUUCAAACGUUUGAAAUGUUUACACAGUGGAAUUUUCUGAAAUCUACUAAACAAUUUACCGAAUAACUUUUGUUCAAUCACAAUAGUGGACUGUGGAACUAACUAAAGAGUGACGUGAUUUUAAAAAAGAGAUGUAUGUCAUUUAUGAACUGUAGCAAUUUAAGGCAUCACAGAGUCAUGCAAGUGUAAAAACAACUUUACUGCCUGUAAAAAAUCCAGCAAUUUUCUAUGCCGCUUUUCCUUCUUAGUAAACGCCUAAAGACAGAAUUUGAAUGUCCUGGCAUAGGCUUUGGCUCACCAGCCAUCCUAGUGACGACAAGCGCUAGAAAAUGGAUGGUUGGAUGUCGAAGUUUCACCAUGUUCUUUAUUCCAAAGUGCAGGCAAAGCUUUACCUUGCCAAGAGUGGCGUUACAUUAUAUUACUACUGAUUUAAUCAUGGAACCAAAAGAUAAUAGAUAGUCCUAUGCAUGUUGUUGCUUUGUCUUUUCGUACACUCAAAUGUUCUGGACUUGAAUAAAUACACUGUAAGAGUGAA